ACAACAACCACUUCAAAGUUUAAACUCUCAAGUCGGUGGCCUCCAAGUACAAAGGUUUUCCUCUUGCCUUCUCGGUCGACCUUUCUCCCACAACUUGAAUCACUUCAUUCCCACCGACCGACUUUUCCUUUCAAGCAGCAUCCCGCCAUGACGUCCCCUGCCGACCCGCAUACCAAGUGCUACUCGCACAACAACGGCAAUGCCGCCGACCUGCUCGAUCGGCUCGCCGUCUCGGAGCUCUGCAAGGGCUGGCCGGUCUACCGCGACGCGUCUGAGUGGAAGAACUACCGCUCCCUCUUCACCGACGAUGCCCUCGUCUGGACCACCUGGAGUGGCCCCCGCCCCGUCGACGAAUUCAUCGCCAUCUCCAAGGCCGGCAAGGAGAAGGGCGUGUUCAUCAUGCACCGCGAGUGCGGCACGCUGGUGGAGCUCAGCCAGCAGAACCGGCGCGCCAUCGGCAAGAUGAAGGCAACCAUCACGCACCGCUUCACGUUCGACCCGGCCACGGGCGGCCGCGGCGCCGUGUCGGCAACCGAGACGGCCGAGUUCGACGUCGACUGCGACUGCCGCUUCAUCUUCUUCUGCGAGAAGAACGACGCCAACGAGUGGAAGACCAAGUACGUCAAGCUGUUCUACGAGAAGGACAAGGUGGUCCCUGUCGACGGCUACACGGCGCCGCGGUUCACCGUCGAGGAGCUAUCCCCGAUCCCGCGCGGCUACAAGUACCUCGGGGCCGCGCAGGCUCGGCUUGGAUACGAGAUCGACUUGGAGCUGCCGACAGCUAGCGGCGCGCUGUGGGACCGCAUGUACGGCGAGAUGGAGAAGUGGCUGGACGGACAGGCGGUCGAUCUCUGCUGGGAGAAGAAGUGAGGGCGGGAUUACACGGUUGACACGGGAACGGGAAUUGAGAUACUGGGCGAUUUGCUGAGAUACCGUCUGGUCGAGCGGGCGUUCCGGUUUGCGGGGUGAAAGACGAUCCGGGCCUAGUUAGAUCUCAUCGAGCUUCAUUGCUUUCUAGACGAAAUCUGACUGAUAUUCCUG